CCUCUUCGAAAUCAGCAGACCUUUGCUUCCUUCCUUUCUCUCAAAGCUAUGGCAAUGGCAGUCUUCAGCAGGCGAAAACCCCUCCUUCUCUACACAAACGUGUGCAAAACUCACAUCUUAAGAUACUCCUUCCAUCUCUCUCCGUCCUCUUCUAGAAGCUUCUCCUCCUCAGGAUCCGAAGAAAAUGACGUGGUCGUCAUCGGGGGUGGUCCAGGAGGCUACGUGGCAGCCAUCAAAGCCGCUCAGCUGGGCCUCAAAACGACCUGCAUCGAGAAGAGAGGGACCCUCGGUGGCACGUGCCUCAACGUCGGAUGCAUCCCUUCCAAGGCCUUGCUCCACUCCUCUCACAUGUACCACGAAGCCAAGCAUGCAUUCCCCAGCCAUGGCGUCAAGUUCUCAGAGCUGGAGAUCGAUCUACCCGCCAUGAUGGCCCAGAAAGACAAAGCCGUCACUAACCUCACCCGAGGCAUCGAGGGUCUCUUCAAGAAAAACAAAGUAAACUACGUCAAAGGCCUUGGUAAGUUCGUCUCCCCUUCUGAAGUCGCUGUUGAUACCCUUGAAGGCGACAUCACCACUGUCAAAGGCAAGAAUAUCAUAAUUGCCACCGGUUCUGAUGUGAAAUCCCUCCCUGGGAUUACCAUCGAUGAGAAGAAGAUCGUGUCAUCAACUGGAGCUCUAGCAUUGACGGAAAUCCCAAAGAAGCUAGUUGUGAUUGGGGCGGGCUACAUUGGUUUGGAGAUGGGAUCUGUUUGGGGCCGGCUGGGCUCCGAGGUGAUUGUUGUUGAGUUUGCACCAGACAUUGUCCCAAGCAUGGACUCUGAGGUCCGCAAACAGUUCCAACGCAUGCUCGAGAAGCAGAAGAUGAAGUUCAUGCUCAAGACCAAGGUGGUCGGGGUAGACACAUCUGGGGAAGGUGUGAAGCUGACAGUUGAGCCAGCAGCUGGCGGCGAGCAGACCACCCUUGAAGCCAAUGUUGUCCUUGUCUCAGCAGGCCGGUCUCCAUUCACGGCUGGGCUUGGGCUCGAGACAAUUGGUGUGGAGACUGACAAGGCUGGCCGGAUCAUGGUCGACGAACGGUUUGGGACUAGCGUACCUGGCGUAUUCGCCAUUGGGGAUGUGAUACCAGGUCCUAUGCUCGCUCACAAGGCAGAGGAGGACGGGGUCGCCUGCGUGGAGUUCAUAGCAGGAAAAGAAGGCCAUGUGGACUAUGACAUGGUGCCCGGGGUGGUGUACACGCACCCUGAGGUAGCGUCGGUUGGGAAGACUGAGGAUCAGGUGAAGGCAUCUGGCGUUGAAUACCGGGUUGGCAAGUUCCCUUUCAUGGCAAACAGCCGUGCCAAGGCGAUUGAUGAUGCCGAUGGGGUGGUGAAGAUACUGGCAGAGAAGGAGACAGAUAAGAUACUUGGGGUCCACAUAAUGGCCCCCAAUGCAGGGGAGCUCAUACAUGAGGCUGUGCUUGCCUUGACGUAUGGAGCUUCGAGUGAGGACAUAGCACGCACAUGCCAUGCGCAUCCGACCAUGAGCGAGGCCGUGAAGGAAGCUGCUAUGGCCACUUACAAUAAGCCAAUUCACAUCUAGAUGGUGCACUUGUUUUUGUGGUUUUUCUGUAUUGGAUGAGGUUUUGGAAUAAUUCUAGUAUACUCCACAAAGAGGCCACUUCAAUUCUC